AUGGCACCAUUUAUGUCAAUGAUAUUUAAAGGCUUUAGAACAAGUAAAACUAUAUCAUAUGAUUCAGAAUGGAAAAUUUCAUUUAUGAGCGAUAAUGAUAUUGAAACCGGGUUCCUUGUCCAUCUUCAAACGCUGGAUAUUUUAGACACUAAAAAAGUGCUACCAUUUAUUAUGACUGAUGAAAUCUAUCAGUUGUCUCACGUAAGAAAGUAUGAUCAUCACAAAUUUAAUCGUGAUAUGGUUUGGGGAUUUAAAGUAGAAAAGUUGGCUUUGGUUCAUAAUAUGGAUCCAAGGGUGAUAAAAACGAGCGCACAGACUUGA